UCUAAUGAUAGAUUUGAUAUGAUAUAGAUUUUUGUUUCUCACUUCUCGCAGAAUCCAAACUUUUUCGAUGGAAUGCGAUUAAAAGAUUUUUUUGGUGAAACUUUAAGUGGUGUCCGAUUUGCUUUAAGCUUAUUUUCAAUGCUCUACAUAAAAACUUAAUGAAUACGUGUUGUAGCGAAAGCGCGAAAUGUCACCCACCAAAUGGUUGCCCCAUAUUCACCAAGCAGCGAUGGAUUUUCCAAAAAGUGCGAAACACCCCUCAAAUAAAUUUGAUCAAAGAUCUUUGAAAUUGAGUUUGAGGCCGAUCGGAUGAUAUACAAAAAAGUUUCAUACUUUGCGUUCUCGAUUUGUACUAUUCUCUCAUAUCUGCAAAAGAGAAAUGUUGGCAAGAGUAUUAAAUUUCGGCGUGCCGAUGAUAUCAUUACUUUCUCGAUAAUAUUAAUUUAGGGAUUCAUAUGUUUAUCAGGAAGAACCAUGCAUGUUCAAGAAUUUUAUUUUUAUUUUUAUGUAUACGUGGAAGCAUAUGGAUAAUAUUACAGACUGGCAAGUAUUAUGCACUAGCAAAAAUGUGCGUUGUAAAAGUAAACUAGCUGGAGUCAACCGGCUUAGAAAUUCACGGCUAAUUGGAGCAAAGGAAUUACCCCCUCCAUAUCCAAAUGGUUGGUAUGGAAUUCUUGAAUCAUCGAAACUUAAGGCUGGAGAAUCAACACAUAUGUCUUGUUUGGGAGAACAUCUUAUAAUCUAUCGAUCUCAAGGAAAUAAAAUUUAUAUUUUGGAUGCGUAUUGCCCACACUUAGGAGCUAAUUUGGGCAUUGGCGGUCGAGUUGUUGGGGAUAAUAUCGAAUGUCCCUUUCACCAAUGGAGUUUUAGAGGGAGUGACGGAGUGUGUACCAAUAUUCCAUAUAGUACUUGUGUUCCGCCGGCAACAAAAAUAAAGAAAUGGACCUCCACAGAAGUAAAUGGAUUUGUAUUUGUUUGGUAUAGUGUCGAAGGAUCAGAAAUUCCGUGGGCUAUUCCAAAAUCAGUCGAAGUUGAAAGCAACAAAUUGAUUUACCACGGGCGAAAUGAGUUUUAUGUACACUGUCAUAUUCAAGAGAUACCAGAAAAUGGUGCUGAUCUGGCACAUUUCCGAGCGAUUCACAAUGAUAACAUUGUAGCUGAAUGCCGCAAUCGAAAAAAAAAUCUUCUUCACUGGCUUGGAUAUCAUCAAUGGCAAGCAAGUUGGAGCCCAUUAGAAGACAGGCACAUAGCUGAAACAAGAUUAAAUCAUAUAUUCAAGUUAUUUGGAAAAAUUCAGUGCUUUUCAAUGGAUGUUAUCGGAAAACAGAUUGGACCCGCCUACGUUCAUCUCGUUUUGCACUCCCCCACAUUUGGAAAUUUUCAAAUAUUUCAAACCAUUACUCCAGUAGAACCACUAUUACAAAAAGUAGUACACAGAUUUUACGCUUCCCGAUUCAUGGCACCAAUUAUGAAGUUUUUAAUUUUUGGAGAAACCGUUAUGUUUGAGCGGGAUUUGAAUAUAUGGAAUCAUAAAAUGUACCGGAACAACCCUAUGCUUCUAAUGGAAGAAUCCUCACUAAAAAAAUUUAGGAAAUGGUAUGCACAGUUCUACACGGUAAACAGUAAAUCAUUUCAAUUAGAAACCAAUACAAAUUGGUAGCAAACAAAAAAAAACAACAAUUAUACCGACUAUGUCAAUAUCUUAAAAUAAAUUCAAAACUAUU